AUGUCUACUACUCGCUCUUUUCUAGCUCUUCUCCCGCUCGUUGUCCAUUUUGUUCGCGCUUGCGACGAAGCCAUUCCUUUGUGGCAGCAAUGUGGAGGAAUCACGUAUUCAGGCCCUAGCCACCCUCACUGUGUCGAUGGAGCCAUAUGCCAGGAGUGGAAUCCCUAUUAUUUCCAAUGCAUUCCUGACCCCAACGCCUCGAGCUCUUCGUCUUCGAGUGCCUCGUCCUCAAGUUCUUCGUCCGUAACUCAAAGCUCAUCCACAAGCCUUCCAACCGACACCCCGACGUCGACUAGUACAAGUACUUCAAGUACAAGCACCCAAACGCCUACAUUUACUCCUCCCGUCGUCCCGUUGUCGCCAACGGGCCUGGCAGCCCUCGCAAAAUCGAAAGACAGGUACAUUGGAUCUGCAUUCGACAAUGGAUACCUUUCCGACACUGCCUAUACUAAUAUUGUUCUCUCCAAUGUGAACCAAAUCACAUGCGAGAACUCGAUGAAGUGGGAGAGCAUUGAGGCAACGAGAGGGGUGUUCUCCAGCCCUGAUGCUGAUCGAAUGGUUCAGCUGGCCGAAGCCAACGGAAUGACGAUUCGUGGUCAUACUCUCGUCUGGCACUCCCAGCUCCCAUCAUGGGUAUCUAGCGGCAAUUGGACUACUUCCACUCUUACAGAAGUCAUCACGUCGCACAUUACCGGUGUCAUGACAAAGUACAAAGGAAAGAUCCACACGUGGGACGUUGUGAACGAAGUCAUCGGUGAUGAUGCAAACAUGCGUCCGUCUGUCUUCUACAACACACUCGGCGAAAGCUUUAUCGAUCUCGCAUUCAAUACGGCCAAAGCAGUCGAUCCCAAGCCCAUCUUGGCGAUUAAUGAUUAUAAUAUGGAGUAUUCGCAGAAAGCCACAGCGAUGUAUAAUCUCGUUAAGCGGCUCAAAUCUCGCGGAGUUCCUGUUGAGCAGAUUGGCGCUCAGGCGCACUUGGUUGUUGGUUCUCUCCCAAGCGGUAUCAAGGAUAUCUACCAAAACUUUGCAUCUCUUGGUGUUUCGGUCGCGGUCACCGAACUGGAUAUCCGUAUGCCUACACCACCUACCGCUGCAACUCUCGCCCAACAGGCUGCUGAUUAUGUCACGGUUGUCAAGGCCUGUCUCGACGUCCCUCAAUGUCUUGGAGUUACUUUCUGGGGUCUCACUGACAAAUACUCUUGGGUUCCUGAUGUAUUCUCGGGUGAAGGAGCGGCUUGCUUGUACGACGAGAGCUUGCAGCCCAAGCCCGAUUACACUGCCGUCCAGUCGCUUCUCUCUGCCACGCCAACGUCGACAACGACGACAGCCAGCCCUACGGAUACUCAAACGACCGUGACCAGCUCUCCGACAUCGACAUUUACUCCACCAGUCGUCCCGUUAUCCCCUACAGGUCUGGCGGCUCUCGCCAAGUCGAAGGAUAGGUAUAUGGGAUCUGCGUUCGAGAACGGAUAUCUUUCCGACUCGGCCUAUACCAGCAUUGUCCUAUCAAAUGUGAACCAAAUCACAUGCGAAAACUCAAUGAAGUGGGAGAGUAUCGAAGCAACGCGAGGAGUAUUCUCUAGCCCCGAUGCUGAUCGAAUGGUUCAACUGGCCGAAGCUAACGGGAUGACAAUUCGUGGCCAUACUCUCGUCUGGCACUCUCAGCUCCCCUCAUGGGUAGCCAACGGAAACUGGACCACAUCGACACUGACCGAGGUUAUCACGUCGCAUAUCACCGGAGUUAUGACCAAGUACAAGGGCAAAAUCCACACAUGGGAUGUUGUGAACGAAGUCAUUGGAGACGACGCAAACAUGCGUCCAUCCGUCUUCUACAAUACCCUCGGCGAAAGCUUCAUUGACCUGGCAUUCAAUACGGCCAAAGCAGUUGAUCCCAAGCCUAUCCUGGCCAUCAAUGACUACAAUAUGGAGUAUUCACAGAAGGCUACCGCCAUGUAUAACCUCGUCAAGCGCCUCAAAUCGCGUGGUGUUCCAGUCGAGCAGAUUGGCGCUCAAGCCCAUCUGGUUGUCGGCUCUCUUCCAACCGGCAUUAAGGAUAUUUACCAGAACUUCGCAUCUCUCGGCGUCUCUGUUGCUGUCACCGAGUUGGAUAUCCGCAUGCCUACUCCUCCCACCGCUGCAACUCUCGCUCAACAGGCUGUUGAUUAUGUCACGGUUGUCAAGGCCUGUCUUGAUGUUCCUCAAUGCCUUGGUGUAACUUUCUGGGGUCUCACCGACAAAUACUCUUGGGUUCCUGGCGUAUUCUCAGGCGAAGGUGCGGCUUGCUUGUACGACGAGAGCUUGCAGCCCAAGCCCGAUUACACCGCCGUCCAGUCGCUCCUCUCUGCCACGCCAACGUCGACAACGACGACAGCCAGCCCUACGGAUACUCAAACGACCGUGACCAGCUCUCCGACGUCGACAUUUACUCCACCAGUCGUCCCGUUAUCCCCUACAGGUCUGGCGGCUCUCGCCAAGUCGAAGGAUAGGUAUAUGGGAUCUGCGUUCGAGAACGGAUAUCUUUCCGACUCGGCCUAUACCAGCAUUGUCCUAUCAAAUGUGAACCAAAUCACAUGCGAAAACUCAAUGAAGUGGGAGAGUAUCGAAGCAACGCGAGGAGUAUUCUCUAGCCCCGAUGCUGAUCGAAUGGUUCAACUGGCCGAAGCUAACGGGAUGACAAUUCGUGGCCAUACUCUCGUCUGGCACUCUCAGCUCCCCUCAUGGGUAGCCAACGGAAACUGGACCACAUCGACACUGACCGAGGUUAUCACGUCGCAUAUCACCGGAGUUAUGACCAAGUACAAGGGCAAAAUCCACACAUGGGAUGUUGUGAACGAAGUCAUUGGAGACGACGCAAACAUGCGUCCAUCCGUCUUCUACAAUACCCUCGGCGAAAGCUUCAUUGACCUGGCAUUCAAUACGGCCAAAGCAGUUGAUCCCAAGCCUAUCCUGGCCAUCAAUGACUACAAUAUGGAGUAUUCACAGAAGGCUACCGCCAUGUAUAACCUCGUCAAGCGCCUCAAAUCGCGUGGUGUUCCAGUCGAGCAGAUUGGCGCUCAAGCCCAUCUGGUUGUCGGCUCUCUUCCAAGCGGCAUUAAGGAUAUUUACCAGAACUUCGCAUCUCUCGGCGUCUCUGUUGCUGUCACCGAGUUGGAUAUCCGCAUGCCUACUCCUCCCACCGCUGCAACUCUCGCUCAACAGGCUGUUGAUUAUGUCACGGUUGUCAAGGCCUGUCUUGAUGUUCCUCAAUGCCUUGGUGUAACUUUCUGGGGUCUCACCGACAAAUACUCUUGGGUUCCUGGCGUAUUCUCAGGCGAAGGUGCGGCUUGCUUGUACGACGAGAGCUUGCAGCCCAAGCCCGAUUACACUGCCGUCCAGUCGCUUCUCUCUGCCACGCCAACGUCGACAACGACGACAGCCAGCCCUACGGAUACUCAAACGACCGUGACCAGCUCUCCGACGUCGACAUUUACUCCACCAGUCGUCCCGUUAUCCCCUACAGGUCUGGCGGCUCUCGCCAAGUCGAAGGAUAGGUAUAUGGGAUCUGCGUUCGAGAACGGAUAUCUUUCCGACUCGGCUUAUACCAACAUUGUCCUAUCAAAUGUGAACCAAAUCACAUGCGAGAACUCGAUGAAGUGGGAGAGUAUCGAGGCAACACGCGGAGUAUUCUCUAGCCCUGACGCCGAUCGAAUGGUUCAAGUCGCUGAAGCUAAUGGCAUGACAAUUCGUGGGCAUACUCUUGUCUGGCACUCUCAGCUCCCGUCGUGGGUUGCGAACGGCAAUUGGACGACUUCAACCCUGACGGACGUUAUUACAUCGCAUAUCACCGGCGUCAUGACCAAAUACAAAGGGAAGAUCCACACAUGGGACGUUGUAAACGAAGUGAUUGGUGACGACGCAAACAUGCGCCCAUCCGUCUUCUACAACACACUCGGCGAAAGCUUCAUCGAUCUCGCGUUCAACAUAGCCAAAGCAGUCGAUCCCAAGCCCAUCUUGGCGAUUAAUGAUUAUAACAUGGAGUAUUCGCAGAAAGCCACAGCGAUGUAUAACCUCGUCAAGCGCCUCAAAUCGCGUGGUGUUCCAGUCGAGCAGAUUGGUGCCCAAGCCCAUUUGGUGGUCGGCUCCCUUCCGAGUGGCAUCAAGGAUAUCUACCAAAACUUUGCAUCUCUUGGCGUCUCUGUUGCGGUCACCGAACUGGACAUCCGCAUGCCCACGCCUCCUACGGCUGCAACUCUCGCCCAACAGGCUGCUGAUUAUGUCACGGUUGUCAAGGCCUGUCUCGACGUUCCCCAGUGCCUCGGAGUAACUUUCUGGGGUCUCACCGACAAGUACUCUUGGGUCCCUGGUGUAUUCUCGGGCGAAGGAGCAGCUUGCCUUUAUGACGAUAGUCUGCAACCCAAGCCUGAUUAUACGGCCGUUCAAGCCCUACUCUCCGCGACUCCAACGUCGACGCCAACGGACAGCUCUACCGGUAGUUCGACAACGCCUAUUAGUACGAGCACCAGCGUCUCUCAAAGUAAUUCAAUGUCAUCAAGCACUUCGAGUAGCCAGGUAUCGACAACUCCAAUUUCGACAAGUACCCCGAUUUCGACGAGCACCCAAGUUUCGACAAGUGUAACCUCUACGAGCACGAUCCCAGUCGUCACACUCUCGCCGACUGGCCUCGCUUCAUUGGCCAAGCGCAAGAAGAGAUAUAUCGGUACGGCGUACGAUAACUGGCAUGUGUCGGACCAGAAUUACACGAACAUUGUCCUUUCGAAUGUCAACCAGCUCACUUGCGAAAACUCUAUGAAGUGGGAAACCAUUGAAGCAACGCGAGGUGUCUUCUCUAGCCCGGAUGCCGACAACAUUGUUGCGAUUGCUCAACGCAACGGCUUGACCAUGCGCGGGCACACUCUUGUGUGGCACUCGCAGCUUCCUGCUUGGGUAGCCAAUGGCAACUGGACCACGACGACUCUGACAGAUGUGAUCAAAUCUCACAUCACUGGUGUGAUGACCAAGUACAAGGGCAAAAUCCACACCUGGGACGUUGUAAACGAGGUUGUUGGAGAUGACGCCAAAAUGCGCCCAUCUGUGUUCUACAAUACGCUUGGUGAAAGCUUCAUCGACCUCGCUUUCAAGACGGCCAAGUCGGUCGAUCCCAAGCCCAUUUUGGCCAUCAACGACUACAACCUGGAAUACUCGGACAAGGCCAAUGCAAUGUACGAUCUCGUCAAGCGCCUCAAGGCUCGUCAUGUUCCCGUCGAGCAGAUUGGUGCCCAAGCGCAUUUGGUUGUCGGCUCUCUCCCGACGGGUAUCAAAGAGACUUACAAAAAGUUUGCGUCUCUUAAAGUCUCAGUCGCGAUCACCGAGUUGGAUAUCCGUAUGCCGACCCCUCCGACGGCUGCAACUCUUGCCCAACAAGCCAAGGAUUAUGUCACCAUGGUCAAGGCCUGCCUCGAAAUCCCUGAAUGCCUCGGCAUCACCUUCUGGGGUCUUAGCGACAAAUACUCGUGGGUGCCGGGUGUCUUCUCUGGCGAGGGAGCAGCGUGCUUGUAUGACGAAGACCUGCAGCCCAAGCCAGACUAUACUGCUCGGCUCGCUCUCGAAAACGGCGCGCGGAUGACGCUCCAUGUGCCGCUCGUCGUCAAAGAUGAACAAGAUUCGAUGUCUGGAUUGUCCUCGACACCAUCAAAGCACGCUCGCUCAAAGCUGAGACAACCAAAGGAUCAUGCGCUCCAGCUCGAACGGGCUGCUCGCACCAUCGCCAAAGCUCGUCGCGUCGUUGUUGUUUGUGGUGCCGGCAUCUCCGUACAGGCGGGCAUUCCCGAUUUCCGUUCGUCGACUGGGCUCUUUCAGCAGCUCAAGGAGGAGAACCCAAAGGCACUGUCGAGUGGACGUGAGCUAUUCGACGCUCAACAUGUCUUUCAUUCCGAGUCGACAGCAUCCGUGUUUUACAAAAUGGUCGCUCGACUCGCGAUCAUGGCAGACGAAGCACACCCAACGCCCUUUCAUCGGCUUCUCAAGGGUCUGGACGACCGCGGUCAAUUACUAAGGUGCUACACACAAAAUAUCGAUGGUAUCGAGGAACGUGCAGGCUUGAGCUUUGGAUUACCACCCCCACGGGUGAGAAUGUCGCCCAAGAAACGAAGAAGUAAAAAGGACGACGAGGACGCGGGCGCGACAUCUUCGGAACGAGCGAGCGUCCCGGUGCAGGGCGAGAAUGACGAGACCAAACCUGAGAGCGCGACUUCAUCGAAACCGCCAUCCACCUCGUCGAAAUCAGCAUCCAAACCGGCAUUCACUUCGUCUUCACGUACCCCACCACUUGUCGACAUGACCCCUCGGUGUAUCCCGCUUCAUGGCACCCUCAAGACGCUGCAUUGUGCCUCAUGUGGCAAUACGUCGCCUCUACGCGAACACGUGUCGCGCUUUUCGACCGGCACGGCGCCGUCGUGCUCGCAGUGUAGCGAGUUGGAUCAUACACGCCAUUUGGUUGGUAAACGACUGCGAGGUGUAGGCGUGAUGCGGCCUUCUAUUGUACUCUACAAUGAAGACCACCGGGAAGGGGAGAAAGUCGGGGAUGUGGUGAAGAUGGAUUUGACAGGAGGACGACAGCGUCGGGCGCCGCCUGAUCUGUUGAUCGUAGCCGGUACAAGUCUCAAAGUACCCGGCACGAAACGCAUCGUAAAAGAAUUUGCAAAAGCGGCACAGUGCCGUUCGGAGCGCAGAGGAGUGAAGAAGAGUAGUGACUCGGACGAGGAAGAAGAAGAAGAGACCCCGUCGUCAUCGUUGUCGUCGUCGGAAGAGGAGAGCGAGGACGAAGAAGAACGACCUAUACGGACAAUUUACCUAAACCUCGACUUUCCGCAGCCGACAAGAGAAUGGGAGACGACGUUUGACAUGUGGAUUCAAGGAGACGUACAGACUUUUGCCGGCAUGGCGCAUGCAGCCAUGGAGAGCGAAGAUGGAGCACGUCGAGAACGUGCUGCGACGCGUAUGCGUGUCAAGUCGACAAGAGGAGCGAAAGGAUUGAACGAUUCUCCAGAAAUGUCCGGCGUCGGAACGAGGACUCGCAAGCGCAAGCGGGAGAUGGAGGCCGCAGAGGCCGUAGAAGCAGGUAGACAUAUGCAUGCGGAUGGGAGUGGAAGCGGGGUAGCCAUCAAACCGGGGGAGAAAGGGAUUGGAACGACAGGACUCGUUGGGAUUGGAAAAGCCAACCGCAAGUAUGACCUUGGCGACAGUCACGACAGCAAGAAAUACAAGUCGUCCAGACGACCGUCACUUGUCAAUUCCAUUGGAUUGUUCACUUUCGAUGAGCCACUCGCCGACAGAGAGUCGUUCUACAAUGGCAUCCUCAUCACUCCACUCGAUUUUGGCUCAGGGAAAACGGCGGGUAGACGAGUCGUCGUUUGUGGUUGGGGUGGCGGAGGCGUACAAUCGGCUACACACCUCGUCGAAUGUCUCGACAUCGAGCUUUUCAUCUUUACGACACGUUUCGACUGGCAGACCGUCGAAUGGGACAUCCUCGGUUCAUCUCUCGAGUCGGACGACAUUGGCGGAUGCAUGGGUUCAGCGAGCGCCGAUGAUGGUUGA